GCAGCCUUGCAGCAUAAAAUUGGGCAAAAACAAAUGCAUUUACAGAGUACUUAAUUUUGCAAUUUGUUAAAUAUUGAGUCAUUUUAUUUAGUAAAAUAUCUACGGUAAUAACGCCAUAACGGUACUAAUGCACGUUAUGCCGACGGGAUAUUGCCAAAAACGAUCCAUACGGCAGGAAACCAUUCGCUUAAACGAAGAUAUUUGGAAAAAUAUAAAAAUGCAAUUUACUGUAUUUAAAUGCUGAGUGCCAAUUUUGUAUUCCAUCUCAAGAACACAUCGUCAUAGGCCAUAGCCUCAUAGGCAGUGUUUACCUCUAUGCUGAAUCGGUAUCGGCAACCAUGGGAUCCUGAACGAUAUGAGGCUUAUCCAGGAAAAUAAAAGGGGAUAAACGGGAAUAAACAAAAUAGGGACAUUUCGAUAUGUCGACGCCGUCUUGGGCGGUUGCAGCAUACACCGUGAUAACAGGCAUUUGCAGAUUUCUGACAGCAAUUGAAAUUUACCUCGUAUUUGGCAAACUAUCACAGAAUAAGAAUACACUUUAUUAACUUUAUGGUUUGUAUUUUGUACUUUAUUUGCUCAUUUCUGUGGAGUCGAGAACGCACGCAGCAUUUGCACGCUGGAAAUUAGGAAUAUCUCUAGCAUAACUUGCAGAAGGAAUUAUCAGUGUUGGGUUCGCGUGAUGCUGCGAUAGCGAGACGACGAAGCUCUUCUUCAUUGUGCCAAGACCCAAGAGCGUCCCUGCCCGCUGGACGCAGCGAUGCGGCGGUGAAUGGAGGGGUAGAGAAGGCGGCCGGGGAUGGCGUAUCUGCAGGAAGCGGGCGUGAAGGCGCUGCGGCGACUGCGGGGGGCCGGCGCGGCGCUGCAGUGGGACGCCAGUGUGAAGUCGCUGCUGGCGGCGGUAGGGGCGGCCUCCCUCGGGUACUGGGUCGCGCGGGGCGGCUGGGCGCUGCUGCGCGGAUCCGUCUCCUACUUCCUGGCCGGGCCGCUGCGGCUGGGCAUCAACCUGGCCAAACUGACGCGCGACGACCACGGCGCAACGGGUUCAGGAUCGGGAACGGGAUGGGCAGUGGUCUCGGGGGGCAAUGAGGGACUGGGUCUGGCCUUCGCCAAAGAGUUGGCCCGCCGCGGCGUCAACGUCAUCGUGGUGGGACGGAACGCCGAGAAGCUGGACAUGGUGGCGCGCGAGAUCGAGGCGGCCUUCCACGUCAAGGCGGACAUGCUGGUGAUGGACUUCAGUCGGGCCGGCGUCGAGGACUACCAGCGCAUGCGCCAGCGUCUGGCGCGCAUCCGCGUCGACAUCCUCGUCAACGCCCUGGGCAUGGUGGACGGCGUCUCGGGCGCCUUCGGCAGCGCGUCCAACAUGGAGCAGACGUGCCUGGACAUGCUGCACGUCAACCUCAUGUCCAUGUUUAUGUUGACGAACGCGGUGCUGCCGGGGAUGAAGGAGCGCCGCGCCGGCGUCAUCGUCAACCUGUCCUCGCUGGCGGCGGUGUACCCGCUGCCGCACUACGCCCUGUACGGCGCCAUCAAGGCCUGCGUCGACUUCUUCUCGCUGGCGCUGCACAGCGAGUGCCGCCACCACGGCAUCACCGUGCAGAGCGUCCUGGCCGGACCCGUGCUGACCAAACUGACGCGCAACUUCGCCAAGUCCUUCUUCAUCGUCCCCGCCGCGCCCUUCGCCCGCGACACCCUCUCGCAGGUGGGACUGCGCAGCCGGACCUUCGGCCACUGGAUCCACGCCUUACUGGUGAGAACCUUCGACGUUUCCUCUUAUUUACGCAGUCAGCGUCUCUUCCGUCAUUUUCUCCAGGUGUCCCUGGCGCAGCCCAUCCCGCUGCGCCUCACCCUGCGCUUCCUCCGUCCGCGCGCGCGCCCGACCACUUCCGGCGCGGGCUCGGCCGCCGGCUCGUUGUAGGCGGUGGUGGUGUUCCCUCUGUGUGCUCCCUCUCCCGGCUCAGUCUCUCUGUGUCACUGCCCGCGUUGUGCCGCUGCGAUACGAAUUGCACAUGAUCAGAAACGGCGAUGUCGACAGAUGAGAGUGUCCGCCGCAAAGGACGACGUUUGUUUUUGACUGUUUUGUAGCGCAAAUCUAGGCUUUCUUGGUUUUUAUCAGUAAAAUUCGUAAGCCGACCCCAUCAAGCGCGCUUCCUCAGCAGGAAGCGCGCUUGGUUGUGGUCGGCUUACUCUCAGCAGUCUGGUUCGACUGACUUUGUUCUACUUCUUUCUAUCGUACAAACAGUCAUUUACUAUACGCAUCGCGCUGACACUGACGACACACCGAUUUUAUUUAUCCAGUACUUAAUAACUAGUGCCUCAUACGUCGAUAUCAACAGAAUCGACAAACAAGAAAUCAGUAAAUAAAAAAUUAUGCCGAUAAUAAAUUAAUAAUAUAGGUAUCUUUGGAGAGCAAAUGAGAUUCACGUGACCGGGAAACACCGGUAACAGCAGUCCAAUAAAAAAGGCAGCCGAUGAAUUAAAGAUGGAUGCUUAACCGAGCCGGCGCAUCUGCUGUCGAGCCUUAUGCAGGCGCGCGAGCCGGUGUUGUUGGGCGCGGAAGUGGUGGAGAUAGCGCUCGCGCAGGACGUCCAACGGCUGCGUGAUGGACAGCCAGGGAGGGCGCUGCGGGCGCGUAUUACUCGCUGUCGGAGCGGCUAGCGACAAACGUCGGGCAGUCGGGAGCGUCUCCAAUGUGGCCGCAUCAAGAGUCGGCCGCACGUCGCGAGGCAACCGCACGCGGGGGGUGGGGAACUGGGUGAAAAAGGUCAGGGGAUCGGUCGGUCGGACCGGAAUGCCGACGACCAACGGCAGCAGCAGUAGGGACGUCCACAACGCCCAGUGCAGCAUCCAGGCAGGCUGCAGGGGAAACCGGAAAUCGGCCAUUCCCGUUAAGAAAUCCCUUUUAUCGGCAAGAAUUUAGUGCAAUCCUCCGUCAAGCAUGCACUCGUCAGCACCGCAGUCGAGGGAUAUAGCCGUCUGCUGUAUAAUCAAACGAAAGGUCACGGGCAGCGGGUAGAUGCGAGCAACGGGCGUCAGUGGUCAGCAAUGAGGAUCGAUUGAUAUACGGUGCAUACAGUUCCCCGGACACCGACACGUGAACAACAGAAGAGAUUCGUGUAUCGCUACAGGUUUCAGUGAAAAUUCUAGGCCGCUGGAAUCACGCAGUUGGUGUUUAUAUACGAUUAGUGUCAUUGCAUUCUGUUGAGCUGGUGUACAGGUGUAAUUGGCAGUUGGUCAACGUUGUUGACAGUGGCCGUGCGCACGUGCCCUCUGUACGUAGUUUGCACCUUGGCUCUUGUCACAACCGGCACAUUUCGGCACAUAGUAUUGGCGCGGCCGCGGGAUUAAUUUUGGGGAUUUCUUAGGCGAUCGACUGUGCAUGCAGUGUGCCGGGCACUGCCUGCGUGCCAUUUCCGUGCCCGAUCCGCGUCCACAUGAACAUACAGAAUUAAUACUGUAAUGCAUUCUGCCGGUUGACUGUCGUCUACCGCUUUGGACCGACCCCAGCCGAACCGACGAAACAGCAGUGUUAAUGCUAUCCAAGUUGUACAGUUCAACGUCCAAGUUGUCAGCAUGUUUUUCUUCUUGUGAAUGCCGCAGCGGCGUCUGCACUCUGGUACGAUAGUUAGCUCUUCGCCCUGUACACAACCACCAUUCUCCCUGCCGGCCUGCACCUCGUACGCACCGCCUCGCUGCCGGGUCAAAGGUCAUGGAUAAUCGUGUGACGACGUACACGUCCGCAGUCCUCGGGCGCUACGUGUUUUUCUUUUCCUCGCGAUACGGGAUCGGCACGUACAGUCUCGAAACACACUCGAGAAAGGUCACGUUAUCGAUGAUUCCGCUUUCCUUGGUGACUCGGUGCCAGCAUUUGCAUGGAAUAAUCAACUAUACUAGUACUUCCACCGUACAUAAACUGUAUACGAUGUCGUGUAAUUACUUUAUUUGCCACAAAUAAUUAAUUUUGUGCAUAUGUGGAUCUCGCAGUAUCCGGCAUACAUAUUUUCGCAGAACUUCUGCUGUAGCAGGAACGAAGUCGGCUCAUUGAGAAUCUAUUGAGAAACUAGCGUAGUACGGGCAGAAAAUACUAGCUGCACUGUUGGUGGAAAUGCCACUGCGAGCGGAAACGCGGUACACAGCCCAUACCGAGCUCAUAGAA